AUGGCAAUGGUUCGCCUUGGUGGCCCGAUACCGGUAGUGAUCAAGGAUGCGAUGAUUCUGGUAGCACAUGGCCUACCUGGAGCCCUGAUUACGAGCAGCCUGAACAACCGGCAUAUGAAGAAGGCCCUGAUUGCGAAGGAUCUCAAGAUCAGCCAGCGUACCCAGACUGCCCUGAAUGUGAAGCCCCAGCCGAACAGCCCACUUACGAGGAGGCCUGAACAGCCAGUAUAUGAAGAAGGCCCUGAUUGUGAAGAGCCCGAGCCGUUCGAGUCCCCUGAGUGCCCUGAAUGUGAGCAGUCGGGUGAGCAGCCCAUUUAUGAGGAGGGCCCCGACUGUGAAGAGCCUGAAUUUCAGCCGGAUUCAGGCUCUCCUGAAUGGGGAGAGCCUGAAUACUCCCCCGACGAUGGAUUCCUUGAUGAGGGAGCUUCUGAUUCCCAAACAGGGUACGCCCCAGAUUGCGAAGGUGGUCUGUCCUAUCCUGACAGUGGAUAUGACUUAGGCGACGGGGGAUACGAUUCAUUUGGUGAUGACUUUGGUACCAUGUAUUAG